AUGCACUGCCCGUUCAGCCAGCUGUCCCUGGGCGACGCCCGCCGGGGCAGCCAGGCCGGCGACCAGGGCGGCCCGUCGCGCCAAGGCUCCCUGCAGGCCGCGGGGACGGCGCUGGGGCCGCAUGUCCUGGAGCAAGAGGACGUGGAAGACGUGAGCACGCUCAAGCUCAAGCACCUCAGCGAGGCCGUGUCCCUGCUCAGCGACCCUCCGAGGGAUGCCCUGCGGACCGCCGUGCGCAGCCUGUCCUCGCAAGAGGACUGGGUGCCGCUGCAGACCCCACUGUCGCGGCUUCACGAGGACUCGCCGUCCGACUACCUCAGCGACCUGCACCUGGUCCUCCGGGAGAACGGUGCCGACGCCGUGGCGCGCCUGGAGGAGGUGGGCUCCGCCCUGGUCCACAACGCGUGCCUGGAGCCCGGGUCGCGGCAGCGCCGCGCCCUGCAGUGCCUGGGCAGUGACCUCAGCGAGUUCCUCACCACGCUGGACGGCGUGCACGACGUGCUGCAGCAGGGCGAGGGCGUGCUGCCCGCCACCGCCGCCAAGCAGACUGACUCGGACCAGGACGGCGCCAAGUUCGUGUGCACGCGGCACGCCGCCUCCGACGUGGAGCAGCUCCAGCUGCUGUUCACCACGCCGCGGCCCGCCGCCGCGCACCUGCUGGUGGGGGCCAUCCGGGCCAUCGCCCGCGAGCUGCACGCCACCGAGGCCGACAUCCGACUGGAGGGCGCCGAGCCCGCCUCCAAGGACGGCAAGGGCGGCUUCCGGUACAGGUACAUCAUCACGACGCGGCCCGGCCCCCGGCGGGGCUCCGACGCGGCCAGCCUGCUGCCGCCGCCCUCGACCAAGGCCAAGGACCUGCCCAUCGGGGUGUCCACGUUCUGCAAGGCCUUCCUCUGGCACCUCGUGCUGGACCGCAGCAUGGACAUGGUGCAGCUGGGCGCCGGCUUCAUGCGCAUCUUCGGCCGCGAGCUGCUCACCACAGGCAAGGCGUUCUGCAACUACUUCACGCUGAAGCGGCCCAAGGGGCUGACGCUGUCGUUCGACGCCAUCCUGGAGCGGGUCAACACGCCCUUCCUGCUCUCCAUCAAGCGGCCGCCCGGCGUCGUGGAGUUCAAGGCCGAGGACCUGGACAUCAAGGGCCAGAUGGUGUUCUGCCCCGAGUCGGACACCCUGCUGUUCGUAGGCUCGCCCUACCUCGACGCCCUGGAGGGCCUCACGGGCCGCGGCCUCUUCAUCUCCGACAUCCCGCUGCACGACGCCACGCGGGACGUCAUCCUGGUCGGCGAGCAGGCCCGCGCACAGGACGGGCUGCGGCGCCGCAUGGACAAGCUCAAGUCCUCCAUCGUGGAGACGACGCAGGCCGUGGACGCGGAGCGCGAGAAGAACGUGUCCCUGCUGCACCUCAUCUUUCCGCCACACAUCGCGCGCCGCCUGUGGCUGGGCGAGCAGAUCGAGGCGCAGGCCCACGACGACGUCACCAUGCUGUUCAGCGACAUCGUGGGCUUCACGUCCAUCUGCAGCACGGCCACGCCCAUCAUGGUCAUCAACAUGCUGCAGAGCCUGUACACGCAGUUCGACCUGUUCUGCGGCAUGCUCGACGUGUACAAAGUGGAGACGAUCGGCGACGCGUACUGCGUGGCGGCGGGGCUUCACAAGGAGAGCAGCACGCACGCGUGCCAGAUGGCGUGGAUGGCGCUGCGAAUGCUGGACGCCUGCUCCGAGCACCGCACGCACGACGGCCAGCCCAUCCGGAUGCGCAUCGGGCUGCACUCGGGCACGGUGCUGGCGGGCGUGGUGGGCCGCAAGAUGCCGCGCUACUGCCUGUUCGGCCACAACGUGACGCUGGCCAACAAGUUCGAGUCGGGCAGCGAGCCGCUCAAGGUCAACAUCAGCCCCACCACCUACGACAUGCUGUGCCAGCACGAGGGCUUCACGACGGAGGCGCGUCCGCGGGACUGCCUGCCCAAGGGCUUCCCGGACAACAUCCCCGGGACGUGCCACUUCAUCCUGUCCUACCGGCACCCCGGCGUGGCGCCGGCCGCGCGCCUCGCCGACCACGUGGACGCGGCGCGCCGCCAGCUCGGCAUCGGCCCCGAGUUCGGCGACGAGCCGGCCGCGGAGGCCGCGGAGGCCACGGCCGAGUUAUGACUAGAGGUGUAAAGUGGGGACCACUGGGGGGCCGCUACGCGUAGCUACGCCGCGCAGUGGCCAUACCCCCCGCAGCGCGGUGCCCCGCCGAGACGGGGUCUCUGGCGCGCGGGGUAGUGGCGACGCAAGGGACGCGCCGACCGAAGAAGUGGAAGUGCAGAAGCGACGAGUGAGAGCAAGUGAAGAGAAUACGCCAGGACUCGAUACCAUCCAUUUGAUGCUCCGAAUUCAAUGUAUACAAAUCGAUUCAACGCUUGAUUUAAUCAUUCCUUUAUUUUUCUCACGGCAUUGAAAAGAGUUUUUAGCUUCCUUUGCAGUAGUAGAUGGUUGAUCUGGUCGCAGCGUUCAAUGUCUACAGGUUGGUGUGGAAUGCAAAAGGUAGCCAUGCAUUUGCCGCCAUCCACUUAAUAGUACUAGCGUGGCUGCGUGUGUAAAUGAAGCUAACUGAAAUGGGCUAUGUAGAGCGUAGCGUGACUCGUCUGGAGAGCCGCUACUUCUCCGUGUCGGUAUGAGUGAUUUGGUCCAAGUGCUCUUCGAUACGAUGAUUGUGAAACUGUGCCUCUGUACCUCCUUCCUAGAUAUUACUGAAUUAGUUGAAAGCGUGGAUCGUUACAAUAAGCGUAUUAUUGUGAUUAAGUUUAAUAUCAGUGUAAAUACAUUGUUGGACACGUCAGAUAGUGUGUACAUACUGUAGUAUGACAAUGUUCUUCUUCCUACGAGGACCUUCGUGUGUACAGUGUAAGUGAUUUUAAAUGUUGCAGGGGAAACCACAUUCUUCAUAGACAUGCUUGAGUAGACUUGUCAUUUUCGCGAGGUGCCAGUAUGGUGGGCCGUUUCUGUGGGGUUUCUACUCGGUGGCAUCCGGUGUCCCUCUCCAGAGAGCCCCACUAAAGUGCCUUUUCGGUUUUAACUUCACUUGAUAAAUAUCGCCUGGAGCGCCAUUCAUCCUGAUGUGUUUGUUCUGUGCGUGUUGCACUUGUACUCACCAAACUUGCUUGUUUAUCACGCUGUGUGGCAAUCGCCUUCCAGAGCCAUCUUCUGCAAGAAAACAAAAAAAAAUCACGACAGAAAACGGACUUCUUUUUAUAAAAAAAAAUUAUAGAUAAAUGCAAAAUUGGUUGAAAAUAAAAACCAAAUGUCUAAA